AUGGCGCUGAUACCUAUUGGAGAUAUUUUUCUUUAUGGCAAUACAGCAGCACUUGCUUGGAACUUACCAACAGAACCACAAUUUUUAAGUAUGUUUAAAGAGCAUGAAAAAAAAUCGCAAAGAAGAGGUGAUUCAAAUAAGAAUAUUUACUACUUAGACGAGAGCGGGAAGGUUUUAGCUAAAGUACCUUUUAAAAAGCCGUUUAUUGUCAACCCGGCAUUUGCAAAGAGGAGCAUUGAUGAUAUAGUAACGUUCAGAGAAAAAUUGAAAAUAAAAAUAGACCGAAUGAAAAUGCACGAGAAACAGUCGCGGAGGGAAUUUCUGAAUAAAGAGCAUUUGGAUAAAGACAGCGUGGAUUUCCACAGAAAGAGCCGAGUGGAAUUAUACCAGAAAAUUGAAAAAUUAGUGACAUCGUUAGGACAAGACGGGCGACGAUGCGUUCUUUACAAACUAUGCGAAUCAGCGCAAUACUCGCAGCAAGGCACAUUCUUGCAAGAGCUCUUCAGAGCUAUCUUUACAUUACCCAAAGGUCCUCUGCUCGAUUCCAAGGAAUACAAAGAAUAUGACGAUGCCCAUACGAUAACAGACAACUGCAUAUCGCUGUAUCCAGGCUGUGAUAACUUCUCGAUUCCGUUAAAACUGUAA